AUGACCAGUCAAUUGACGCAUAGUUGGAUCCAGAAUCAUUCCAUUUCUGACUCUCCUGCUCUCGACGAGGGUACUGGGGCCUCUUGCUCGCCCAGCCUGAAUUCCUUCCCUUCUGGGUCGCUCAAUCCCGCCUGCGGUGUUUACCUGUUCGCUGUGCCUGAUCCCCCUGUUGCCCACUGCUACGAGAACCAGCACGCAAUGAUUGGCUCCUACUAUGGGGAGAACGCGGCAUGCUCCUAG